CCAUACUGUUCAAUAAGAUUUCAUCAAAUUUUGAAAAAAAACGAAAGUGUCUGUGUGCGCUCAAUACCAAAAAAAUGGACGAGGAAUUGUCUAGACAAAUCGAUGAACGUGAAAUUCAAAGUUCACGGGCCGAUCGUGAACGAAUUCGUCAAGCUCUAGCAUCACAAAUAUCGUCUUCAACAGAUUGUGAUGAAAUCUUAGAGAUGGCGUCCUAUAUACCCACAAAUACCCUACUACCAUAUUUAACCACCCAAAGUAGUGGUACUACGGUAGAAUCGUUUCCUGGCACACGACGACCCAUUCCAGUGUCCACAAUUGAAUGGCAAUCAACAAAUCUAACACAAAUGAUCCCAAUGAGUGGAUUGGAUUUUCUGGGUGGCGUGGAGCAAGUUUGUAUUCAACAAACGGUUGAUCUUAAUGAAUUGUUGUCAAAUCAAGAAUCAGAAAAUUUAUAUACCAUAAAAAUACCACAUGGCGAAACGCUUUAUUUGGCAAGUGAAUCCUCGACAUCUUGCCAUCGAACAUUUUUCGGAUCAAACCGUGCAUUUUCGUUACGUGUUUAUGAUCACACAAGACAAGAGGCAUUCCAAUUACGCAGACGUUUGGCGAGUAGUUGUUGCUUAUUUGGUUGUUUCUUACAGAAAGUUGAGGUAUGGAUACCCCCAGGGGAUAUAAUUGGUACAAUCGAACAAAAUUGGUCAAUAACAUCAACUUCCUUUACUGUGGUCAACAGUGUGGGCAACGCUAUCUAUCAUAUUGAGGGACCAACAAAUGUUUGCCCUUGCGUCACAUUGACUGAAAGCAAUUUUAGUGUUUUAAGUUCAGAUCGUCAAUCAAUUGUUGGAAGUAUCAAGCAUCAAUGGGACCAUAUUUUAGUGGGAUAUACAUUAGUUGUCAAUUUUCCGGAACGAAAUUUAAAUGUUAAACAUAAAGCAUUAUUAAUUGGUGCAGCAUUUUUACUGGAAUAUAUGCUUUUCUUACAAACCAGAAAAUGUUCAAUUCGAUGUUGAAAUUUUGUAACAACAUCACACAUUUAUAUCAAAUCAAAUCAACAAAAUAAUUCUGAAAACUAAAUCAUUUAAUUACGUGAAGGACGAUUCUAAAACAUCCGAAUCCACUUAAUCGGCAGUCGUCACUCUCGUAAUUAAAAGAUCUGCAAUCAGUUCAUCAAUACUCAUUCUAAAAAUUAACGACUAACUGGAUUUUUCAUUUUUGGGGCAUAAAUGUACGCAAGCGCGUAUCCAUAGAGAAUCAAUCUGGAAUGGAAUAGGCGGUUUUUUGAUGGAAAACCCAUUUUUAUUUUAGACUUCGUCCCCAACGGAAGUCAUUUGAUCAAAAUUGUACACUUAUUCUUUUUUUGACCAAAUAGAGCCGUGAUUAAAAGAACUGCGUAACAUCCUGCCAAACUAUUCCCCCUUAAAAUAAAUUCAACCCUAUAAUUAUCCAAUGACUAGUCAGUAGGGCCGUAAAUGGUAAAA